UCCCGUUGGACUUGAGAGUAUUUUUAUGUCUGAUACAAGUUAUUUACUCCAAUAAAAAAAAAUUUUAACACUGUAUGUCAAGUAAAAUAAUUAAUAGUAGAGUGUUGACAAUGUGCGGGGAUUGAAUUUUUAUAAAAUAAUUUUUUUAAAAAAUGGAAAAAUUUCUGCGGCCAUAAAAAAGGUGGAGGCAGGAUUACAGUGCAGUUGAGAUUAGUUGAAGAUGAGGAUGAGGAUGAAGAUGAAAAUGAGAGAAUAGAUGCCAUGAUUGAUCUGUCACGAUCAAUCCACGUCGGCCGCAGUAAUUCAGAAUGUCUGUAAAAAUAAAAUUACGAAAAGUAAUUUAGGUUAAUAGGAAAGAAAAGUAAAUUUAUUUAAAAAAAAAAAAAAAAAAAAAAAAAAAAAAAAAAGUCAAGAUGUCGAUGGCAUCAAUUGAAACAAUGGGAUCCAUAAAGGAUUUACCACCACGUAAAUUUAUAAAUCCUAAUUUAAUAUCCCUUAAGUGCCUUCUAUUUAUUUUCUUUGGUGGUAUGAGCUGUUUGUUUCCUUUUCUUCCGCUUCAUAUGAUAGCAGUGGGACUGACAAUGGAAGAAAUACGACUUGUGUCAAUGAUAUCACCGGUGAUAGCGAUAAUAGGGCCAUUAAUAGUAGCACCGAUAGCCGACAAGUUAGCAGCUCGCCAACGAUCUAAACCAUCGAACGGGCGUUAUCUGAGAAUUAUGAUCGCUCUCGCAUGUUUUCUAUCAGCAGUUGUUUACUCGCUGCUGCUUCUAGUGCCCGUGGUCGAGAGAAUAGAGCUUCCGCGUGAGCACAGGCCUACGCUCAAGUUUUCUUGCAAUCACAAAGGCGCGACGGUUCUUCAGGAACGAAUUGAUGAAUUUUCCACAUGCUACAACUGGACCAGCGAGAGCCGAGUCUGCGCGAUACUUUUGAAAAAUUGUAAUUACGCGUGUCAUCCAAUAGUACCGCAACCGAAUCACAUGUUUUUAAAUAACCGACCACCUGCUAUUGGUAUUGACGUGCCGCCGAAUACCGACAUCGGAGUCCUGGGUAUCGACGAAGGAAGCGGCGAUCUCAGUGAAGGCGGAGCUCGCGUCAAUUCACAAUACGCGGAUUUAAGCAGUGAAGAUAUAGAAUGGAGAACUAAAGUACCAAUUAAACAUAAACGUCGGCGUUAUAUUCAAGCUAAAAGUGAACCACCACAUUUAUGUUUUCAUGAGGGUGAAAAUAAGGUUUGCCAUGUUUACACUAGUGACACAGGAAGUUUGCCAGUUAAUGCGAGUUUUAGAGAAGCAAGUAAUACACGCAAUAAACAAGAAUGGUGCGCUUAUCCAAUUUCUGAAGAAUUUACUUGCAGAAUACCACGUAAAUUGGAAGCUGAUAUGGCUAAAUUUAAUCAGACUUGUUCAGUUGAAUGCGAUAUACUUGACCCAUUUGUGUUACCAGGUAGCAUUCACACGGAAAAUCAAUGCAGCCAAGUAGCCGGUGACCCAGAUAUGACAUUUUGGAUGUAUCUUACGAUACGUUCGAUAGCUGAUAUUUUUCCAACAGCAGCAGUAACUCUGAUAGACGCAUCAAUAGUAAUAGCAACACGAGAAACUUCCUGUGGCCGGGGUGACGUCGGUAGACAGUUGGCAUUUGGUUCAUUGAGUUUUUCAAUAUUCGGACCUCUCGCCGGGUAUCUAAAUCUUCUGGUAGCUCCCAAACCAGCUUAUCUUCUGCCAAUAAUUUUACACGUCGCCAUGAUGAUACUCGCGGCAAUAGUUGCACUUUCAGCGAACGGAAUGCCUCUGAGUCCACCGGAAUGGUGGUGGCACACGAGAUCAGGAAUGCUUGCCGUGCCAAUGAGUGCCGUAAAGCGAUACGGCAGCGAGACUGCGGCUCUCGUACUGAUUCUCAUCGUUCUGGGCACUCUUUGGAGCGCGAUGGACAGUUACCUGUCUCUAUAUCUCACAGAAUUAACUGGAGAUUCACUGGCAAUAGGUGUGAUUUUAACAGUUGGUGCAUUGCCAGCAAUCUUCUUCCUCUGGAAAUCCGAACAUCUAGUUGAUUAUUGCGGACACAGUAAUUUACUUAUCAUGGCAUUCACAAUUUACAUCGUAAGAUUCACCGGACUGAGUGUCGUGUCGGACCCAUGGUGGGCGCUGGUAUCCGAAGCACUUGAACUCUUUACUCUGGGCAUCAUGUGGGUGACUGCUAUCCUCUACAUGCGACAUCUUAUCCCCCGUAACCUCACAGUUACCGCUCAAGCGCUACCAGUAAUUGCACAUUUCUGUAUCGGACGUUGUCUCGGAGCCGUAAUCGGCGCGUAUGUGCAAAUCGGUGACACGGAAAUAGAGUCACUUAAAUUUAUUUAUCAAUGCAUGGCAGUAUCGGCAGCCGUUAUUGCUGUACUUUAUUUUAUUCUGUAUCACGGAAUUCUCAAACCCAGAUGUCAUGCUCAGACGAUACAAAAUGCACGCACUACUCCAUCUAUUGUGCAAGGUAUGAAUGGAAAUGGAAAUUACACACCGCUGAGAGUUUAUCACAACGGACUGGGCAGGAAAGGACAAUUCAGAUACUAAAAAAGUGUCAAUUAAUUAAUAAAGAUUCUUCGAGUCGCGCGUUAAACUUCUUUACUUGCAGUUUAUUUAAAUUAACUUAAUAAAAUAAUCUUUGUAAGUUUAGUAUGAUUUAACAAGACGAUUUAAACUCGUGGAAUCAGCUUUAGUUCAUCCGCGGUCGUAAUUUACUAUCGUGGACAGAGCAAACAAAAUAAUAAAAGAAAAAAUAUUAUAAUUAUUUUUAAAUGUUAAAAUUAAUUUCGUGGCAUGUCCACAUAAUUUUUCUAUAUAUAGUGCGUUUUAUAUUUAAAAAAAAAAAAGUGAACCUGAAACUGCAUUUAGAUCUUUUUGUAUUUAUUUAAAGCUAACGGCGAGUCGGCUGCUGGCUCUAGGCUGCUCGGAGCGAACCCGAAAAAUUUCGAAAAUUAACGAGGUUUUCCGAACACUAUAUUUAUAAAAUUCAAACAGUAACCGCUUAAGUACUAAGCCGAUCCUCAUAUUUAUCAAUAUCAUAACUUAUGUUAAACGGGAUAUUUUUUUCUAGAUUAUUUUUAGAUUAUUAUUAUUACAUACAAAAAUAAGAAAAAAUAAUCUGGUUCAUCAAUAAAUUUUUAAAAUAAAAUAAUUUUUUUACACCUGCGCCGAAAAUUUAAAUCCCUACCCUGUUUAGAGGGAAGAAAGUUGUUCUUUUCUUUUGUGAGAAAAUAUAUUAGCGCAUGAACCAUUCUUCCAACAGAGGCAAAAAUUUAAACUUUUAGAUACAGAUUUAGUGAAAAAUUGUGAACACAUCACUGAGUAAAUUGACAUCCCAAUCUGCAUGAUUGCCACCCUCGCAAAGAGUCAUCCUUUUCUUUUAUGACAAAAUAAAUCAUAAAAAACAGCGCAUGCGCCAUUCUUCCUUCGUAGGAAUAUCCUACUUUCCUCCCUCGUCACGUAAUAUACUAAUAUUUUUAAAUCAACAAUCGGAUUCUUUCGGUAUUAGUCGGCUCUCUUCCAAGCAGCCCAGAGCAAGCAACCGAACGUCAUAAAAAAAUAUGCUUUUAAUUUAAGAAAAAAAAUGAAGUACUACGAAAUUACAUGAAUAAAAGUGUAUAUUACAAACAAGUAAUUAAAUUUUAUUUAAUUAA